AUGUCACACUUAGAUUUGCAACCCACGUUGCCCAGCUUUUCUGAGUUAAUCGGAAGCAUCCCUCUCUCGCCAUCCUUGCGUCGCUGUGUGGCGGAUGAGAGUCAUAUGCCACCAAGUCCGCGCCAUGCAGGACCACAGGGUUUCGAGCGACCCUACGAUGAUCGGAAAUGGGGGAUGCUGUGCAAACUGGCAACAGCAUUAUGCCGAGAGGAACUUGAGGAUCAAAGUCUGUAUGCCUUACUCUUCAAAGACCCACUCCCGUCUCCAGCAUUGGUCAAUCAUGCACCACCCAACCGCAGUGAUAUCGAUGUCGUACUUGAGAGAUUGGAAGACCUCAUCAAUCACCCGGACCCCGACAUUAGCACUGUUGUCCGAUGUGUUUCCGAGAUGCUCGAUAACUCCGUGGCGCCACCAUAUGCGCAAGGGUGGUAUAAGCCUAUGGCUAAGGGCAACGAGUACGGUACAAGACUAGAACAAGAAAUCUUGAGGCUCGAUCGAGAUGGUCUUGUUCAAGAAUUUUUCUUCGAGAUGGACAGCGAGAACCUUAUGGCGAGCGAAUCCCUUAUGCUCGAAAGGUAAACAACCGUAAGCCAGCUGGUCAAGAAGAAGCAGACGCGAGAAAGGCAUUGGACCACGCUGGCUUCGUUAAGUGGCAGAAACAAAAGCAGCAGUCGGCGAAUCAUGCCGAAAUCGAACAAAAAAGGCGCUGUCGGCAUCGAGAGUGCCAGAGGGUCAGUGACCUGCGAUGCCCGGAAGUCCCUUUUCGAUGUGGCGAGGAGCAUGCAAAGCUGAAGAAGGAGGAAGCAAAAGAGAACAUGGGAAAACUUCAAAGCGCCCAGGGUUCCGGAAAAGACGAACAGUUUUAUGCGGCGAUAUAUGCGCACGAGUUCAGUGCAAGGGUGGUUCAAUUAGAGCAUGAUGGGCGCAAACGAGCAGAAGCAAUUGUUCCAAGGUUGUGGCAACUGCUCUUCCGACAACUGGGCACGACAAGCAGCAUUCGCAGAAGGCAAAAUGUCUGGGGGUUUCACCCGUUCGUCCCAAGAGCUCAUAACGCGUUGGCCAGCAUCAAGCGGUGCCAGAGUGAUUCGGAGCAGGGACAGAGGCCGACCUGGAUAAGGAGCAGUGAAAGCUCUGGCAGUCGAACGACGCCGGCCACAAGCAGCCCACGGAGACGUCACAGGAGAUUCAAGAGGAGGGAUGCUCGACGUCGUCGCGAAGCAUCUCACCGUCACCACCAAGCUCUUGGUGUGUGCUCGGCAAUGUCAAGGGGGAGGAUGUGCGUUGAAGGGCUAUUGUACAGUGUGGCUGUCGGGGUUGAAGGUGAAUCGUACAACUUCCCCAUGCACCGGCGCAUUUUUGCAGUAACACGGACACAUACAAAUCCUACCGGAUCCAGUUCCAGAA